GAAAGAGGGCUUAGUUUUGCAUGUUCCCAUCCAUCCUGCACGACGCGAAAGGGCCCCUUAUCCACCUCUCCUGUGUACGAGGAACACCUCCACUGGUGAUCAGCCUUCGCCCGUGUUUGUCUUGCGGAGAAGCAGCAGCAGCGGCAGCAAGCAGCACCUUUUCUGCAGGAGUGGGGUUUUUUUUUUUAAACUCAACAAGAAGUCCUGAAGGUUUUGGAUGCGGAUGCUUCAGGGAUGUGGGCACUUUGAGAGCAGCAGCAUCAUCACCCGCGCGCACCAACAACUGCCAUCGAUUUUUCUGUGAAUAGCACGAAAAAAAGCCAGAAGAGAAAAGACCUUUUAAAAAAAACAAAGCAAAGAGGAACACUAGCAAAAAAAAAAAAAAAAAAAGAGAAAGAGAAAGAACCUUGUCUAUUGAACAAUUCACUUUUGCAGUCUGUGGAUAUCGCUCUAACUAAGUGCAGCACUUUGAGAAUUGUUCACAUCGGACGGACUGAAGAGGGAGGCAAGACCUGUGGACCGGGUUUGUCCCUCGCAAGUGUGAAUCGGCUCGGCUGCUUAUCCCGUGACAACAGCGACGCGCACCACAGAGAAAAAGAAGAAGCGACCCUGAAGGAUAAACACGCUUGGACGUUUAUUUUCCGCUAAUUUUUCGCAGGAGGCUCGCCUUUUGCACGCAGAUUGUCCUAAAUGUUUGGGAUUCAGGAAACUAUACCGCGCGGUGGGACGACGAUGAAGGAGGAACCGCUGGGUGGACUGAACUCAGUCCGCUCCUGGAUGCACACAGCUGGGGUGGUGGACGCGAACACAGCCGCCCAAAGCGGUGUCGGCUUGGCACGGGCACAUUAUGAAAAGCAGCCCCCGUCCAACCUCAGAAAAUCCAAUUUUUUCCAUUUCGUCCUGGCGCUGUAUGACAGGCAGGGUCAGCCCGUGGAGAUCGAAAGGACAGCUUUUGUGGACUUUGUGGAGAAGGACAAAGAACCAACCAGUGAAAAAACUAACAAUGGGAUUCAUUACAAACUACAGUUAUUGUACAGCAAUGGCGUCAGAACAGAACAGGAUCUUUACAUACGGUUAAUCGAUUCCAUGACGAAGCAGGCCAUCAUUUAUGAGGGCCAAGACAAGAAUCCAGAAAUGUGCAGAGUUCUUCUCACUCAUGAAAUUAUGUGCAGCCGAUGCUGUGACAAGAAAAGCUGUGGAAACAGGAACGAGACUCCAUCAGACCCUGUGAUCAUUGACAGAUUCUUCCUAAAGUUCUUCCUCAAGUGCAAUCAGAACUGUCUGAAGAAUGCAGGGAAUCCACGAGAUAUGCGCAGAUUCCAGGUUGUCGUAUCGACGACCGUCAAUGUGGACGGCCACGUCCUGGCUGUCUCCGACAACAUGUUCGUACACAACAACUCCAAGCACGGGCGAAGGGCUCGCAGACUCGACCCUUCAGAAGGUACGCCUCCUUAUCUGGAGUAUGCCACCCCGUGCAUCAAGGCAAUCAGCCCAAGUGAGGGAUGGACCACUGGAGGAGCCACUGUCAUCAUCAUAGGGGACAACUUCUUUGAUGGCCUACAAGUCGUGUUCGGCACCAUGCUCGUAUGGAGUGAGCUCAUAACUCCCCACGCCAUCCGCGUCCAGACUCCACCUCGGCACAUCCCCGGUGUUGUGGAAGUCACGCUGUCCUACAAGUCCAAGCAGUUCUGCAAAGGUGCCCCUGGGAGAUUUGUCUACACUGCCCUGAAUGAGCCGACCAUCGACUACGGCUUCCAGAGGCUGCAGAAGGUCAUCCCCAGACACCCCGGCGAUCCUGAGAGGUUACCAAAGGAGGUGCUACUGAAGAGGGCGGCCGAUCUUGUUGAAGCCCUGUAUGGAAUGCCCCACAACAAUCAGGAGAUCAUCCUGAAGAGGGCAGCUGACAUCGCCGAGGCCCUGUACAGCGUUCCUCGCAACCACAACCAGAUCCCCUCGCUCGCCAACACAGCCUCCCACGGCAUGAUGGGAGUCAACUCCUUCAGCAGCCAGCUCGCAGUCAAUGUGUCUGAGUCACAAGGGAACGACCAAGUGGGCUACAGCCGGAACACCAGCAGCGUGUCCCCCCGGGGCUACAUCUCCAGCAGCACCCCGCAGCAGUCGAGCUACAACAGCGUCAGCAACAGCAUGAAUGGCUACGGCAAUGCCGGCAUGAACCUGGGAGUGCCAAGCUCCCCCGGGUUCCUCAACGGAUCCUCUGCCAACUCCCCAUAUGGAAUUAAACAAAAGAGCGCCUUCGCCCCUGUGGUCCGACCCCAGGCCUCCCCACCCCCCUCCUGCACCAGUGCCAACGGCAACGGACUGCAAGGUGAGCCCCCCUCACCCCCUCAUCCCUUCCCCACGGACUACUGGUCAGAUACCGCUGCUCAGGCCUCUGUCCGGUUUGGGAAAGAGGAGAGUGUGGCACUAAUGCGCGGUGUAGUGCAGGGAGAGAGGGAUGAGGAGACGAGGGGAGGAACAGGCAGCGAGAGCAGGAAUCUGAGGGAGCGUCUAGUAGCCGGAGCACUGUGGCAUUGUGGGAAGUGA